AUGUUCUUUAUUGUUUUCUGUCACAUAGAGUCAGCAGAUGACGGAACAAAAUAUCAGGAAAAUAAAUCAGCUUCUUUGGGAGAAAUUGUUACUUUGGUGUGCAACAACUCCGUGACGAAUGCAUCAUACAUCUGGAAAAAGGACACAGUUCUCAUUUUCUCUCAUAGUGGCAUACGGAAUAAAACUGAAAGAAAAUUCACCUCUGACAGGAUGAGUGUUGAUCCGCCUACAAAGCUGACUAUCUUUAAUGUAGAGUUAAAUGACACAGGGAACUACAGCUGUCAAAUAACAGAUGAUCAAAGUGGUGUACGGACAAUGGAGUGGAGUUUGACCAUCACUAAUAACCUCACAGGUAAUGGAAGCAAUUUUCUGUUUAUACUGUAACGUGGAGAAUAAACUGUAUUCUGUAAUGCUAGAUAUAAAUAUGCACAAUUCUGAAGUUGAAAUGAACAAAAAUGUCAAUUAUUGUGAUAAUUAUUGCAAUCAAUCAAUACUAAGUGUUAUAAUGUUAUUAUUUGGUUAUUAUCUCCCUUUUUUAACAAUAUUGUUAUAAAGCAAAGGAAUAUGACAUUUGUUUUAGACUUUUCAGACUUUCCUGAAAAACCCAAUUGUUUCUGUAUGUUUGUCUUAACACAGAUAAUGCUGAACAUAGCCUACAGAGAUUAUUGCUCUUCACAAUUCCUUCUGCUAUUGGAGGAGUGAUUCUCUGCAUUAACAUCUGCUGUAUGGUCUGGCUGUGUAGGUGAGUAGCUCAAAGCAGUUUACCUCAGAGCUCAAAUGAAUCAAAUCAGCAUUGCCUAUCGCACUGUGGUCUCAUUUUGUAUUUAUAGUUGAUUCGGAGUUUCAAUCAAAUACCUAAUUCGUCUUAUCUUGUUUCUGCAGGAAACGAAAACAGGAACAGAUAAGUCUUUGUGAUAGGCAAGGAGAG